AUGGUGAAAUUCGAAAUACCAGUGGGAGAGACUCGUCACCAGACACCAUCACCAGCUCCAACACCGGCAGUAGAGUUACAGACAAGCCGACGACGAAAGCUGAAAUGCGACAAACAAGAGGUCUGCAUGAACUGCCGAACACAAAACCGACAAUGCAUCUACAUCUCAUCAUCUGAAACUAAUGAUUCCCAAUUGCGCCGGAAAUUAACCGAGAUGAAAGAAGCCAGGGACUCUCUCGAAAAGAAAGUACUAAUGGGAAAUAUUGGCAAUCAAGCCUCGAGACAAACCCAAUUGCAAACACUUUCUGGAGCCCCAAUUGCGAGUCUGGAAGGUGAUGUUGGUGGUCACGGAGAUGAGUCUGAUGUCGAAGGAUAUCUUGAGCCGACACCACUUGCCAUUCCUGAUGCGGCAUAUGCUGAAGCUGAUUCCGAGGAUUUAAAUGAUCUGGGAGUCGCAUUGGGAAGAAUUCGACUCGGAGAGAGAGUUGGAGGGCUAUUUCGGCCAAGGGUUGGUGAUGAGCUUGGACAGUCGCUUCAGGCCCAAUUACCGAAAAGUCCGGCAAAAGCGACCCCGAUAUACCAGAGCCCAGCCUCCAUAACUUCACGCGACAGUACUUCCAAGCCCAGCUUUACGUCUAGUGUACCAUCAGUUGGCAUUUUAUUGGGACAACCAGCUUCUGAUACCGACUGGCUCAAAUUUUUACCUCCUAGGACUACAGCCGAUAAGUUGCUUGAGCAUUAUUGGUUGUCUGUUCACCCAGUCGCACGCACGUUGCAUCGUCCAAGUUUCGCGCAACGAUACGAGACGCUUUGGGAGCUUAUUGAUAACGGAGCCAACGUACCUGCGUCUUUGGGAGCUAUUGUUCUUGCAGUAUUGCUUGCUGCAUCUGUUAGCGUAUCCAAGGACGAGAAUGCGGCAUUGUCGCAUUCUACACAAGAAACGAUGCGUUUGAAACAAGGUGUUGAGGUUGCUCUCAGCAAAGCAAAUUUACUGGUGUCCAAUAAAAUGGAAACACUUCAAGCCUUUAUUACAUAUUUACUCCCAAUGUGCCUUGACGAAAUAUCUCGUGCCCAUUCUGCAUUGGUAGGAUUAGCCGUCCGAUUGGCAGAAUGCAUGGGUUAUCAUCGUGAUCCUACCGAAUACAGCUUUUCCACCGCAGAAUGUCAGGUUCGGCGGCUGAUAUGGUACCAAAUAUGCUAUCUGGACUGGAGGACAAGUGAAGUACAAGGACCACGGCCAUUUGUUCAGCCGAAUGGAUAUUCAACCAAACUUCCUCUGGAAAUAAGCUCUUCUUCUUCUCAAUUUUCUUCCCCAACGUCUAACCCGGAGAGCGGGCCGCGAUGGAGUGACAUGAUCUUUUCUGUGAUACGUUUCGAGUGUCAGGAAAUGCACCGUACCUGUCUUGUGAUUCGCAAAAAGGUCGACCUCAAAAAGUUGAGCAUUACGGCCGCAAUAUCUAAGUUGGAGAGGUUCAGUAAGGAUAUGCAUGAGAAAUAUGACAGCGUUCUGAAUGCGACUCCAAAGCAGCCUUUACAACAUGCAGCUAAAGUCACGAUGAAUCUAUUCAUAAGCCUACUAUAUCUCUCCCUUCUCUAUCGAUACAUGAACAGCGUCACAUACAGAAUUCCCGAUCGCCUACGCCAGAUUGUGCUUAUCAAAGGUGCAGAAGCACUCGAAGCGGCUGUUGAACUCGAGACAGCUGAAGAUCUCCAACCAUGGGCGUGGUAUGCUCCAGCGUAUCAACACUAUCACACGGCUCUACUGUUGCUCUUCGAGGUUUUCACUUUCCCACUGCGCAAGGAGGCAGAUCGUAUCUGGCGCUGUCUUGAUUUUGUCUUUGCAGAACCCUUGGACAGUCUAACUAACCUUCCUACGCUCGGGAAUCCGCCAAAGCAUCACGAGUUGAUUGCUUAUCGAGAUGUAAAAGGACGGUAUCUUCUUGGUCUGAUUGUCAAACGAAUGAACGAUUACCGAGAUGUCCGAAAACUGAGAUCUCCAGUGAUACUGACAGAUAGAAUGAUUUUGAUAACACCACAAAAAGUUGGAGAUGAUUCCGAUCCUAGCUUACCGCUGAACUUUGCACAUUCUCAAGAGCCACUACCGCAAUCGAAUGAGACACAGGGGCAAGAACCACGACCACACGCACAUAGUGUAAAUGAAACUGAAAGCUACUCCUCGAACAAAAAUGUUCUGCCUUUGCCAUUACAUUCUGCCAAACUGUCGCAAGAUCAUACCGGCUACGAUAGGAUUUCAAGCCAACCGUGGCUGUCACCGAAUGCAUCUCCAUAUCAAACGCCUCCUACCUCAGCACCACAACAACAUUAUUAUUCCGGCGGUAUAUAUCCUAAUGAUAACAUGAUCAGAGCACCAGACUCCAGUCGUAAUCAAUACAUACCUCAUACGGAUACACAGAACUUCGCUGAAAGUUCCCUAUAUCCACCACCGCAGGGAGGCUUUCCAGGCAUGGAUUAUCAAGAGGAAUUAGAAAUUGACUGGGUGUCGUGGGAUUCUAUGUUUCCACCAGGAGUAUUUGAUGGUGAUCUUGAUCUAACUGAUGUGGACAUGCAAGGAUACGUAACUGGAAAUCAGUCAUGCUUCUAG